UUGAUAGAAACUGCAGGAACAGCUGAGAGAGAACAACAAAGAUAGCCUGUUCGUCGCAGUGCCAAACAGAAGAACAUUCAGACUUCCAGUGAUUUCUUAAAAGUGAAAGCUAUUUCCCGUGUGCAGGGUUUUGGGGCUUUGUAGGGCUGUCACGUUUGUGUCAGCUACAAUCAACAAACAUCGAAUUUGAAGGGCUAACAACAGCAGCAAAACAGGAGUCUGAGCGUCAUGGGGCGGAUCUUUCUGGACCACAUCGGAGGCACCCGCCUCUUCUCCUGUGCCAACUGUGACACCAUCCUGACCAACCGCUCCGAGCUCAUCUCCACCCGCUUCACUGGAGCCACAGGCAGGGCCUUCCUCUUCAACAAGGUGGUGAACCUGCAGUACAGUGAGGUCCAGGACCGGGUGAUGCUGACGGGCAGGCACAUGGUGCGCGACGUGAGCUGCAAGAACUGCAACAGCAAGCUGGGCUGGAUCUACGAGUUCGCCACCGAGGACAGCCAGCGCUACAAGGAGGGACGCGUCAUCCUGGAACGGGCGCUGGUGCGUGAGAGCGAGGGCUUCGAGGAGCACGUGCCCUCGGACGCCUCCUGAGGGCAAUAUGGACACACACAUUAUGCGUCACAAACACACAUGCACACACACACACACACAGGAACAUGUGCCCUCUGAUGCCUCCUGAGACCAGGAUGGGGAUAGACGAACACACUUAUUUACGACACGCGCACACAGACACACACACACUUUUACGCUUGUCUGCGAUAUUCUGUAGAUGGCUUGUUUCUGCGAUGUUGCUUUAACAAGGGCAACAUUGGUGGCCAGUUCUACAGUGGAUGUAAUGGCAGAGUUCUCAUUAGGACUGGCUAGACAGACUACACAAACACACACAGACAGACACGCACACACGUUCAUAUGCUGUCACAUGUAGAUUAAUUUACCCAAUAAUGCUGUGACAACAAUGCCAUGAAAGGCUUUUUAGACUUGCAGAGCUUAGGGAGAAAAAAAACAUAUUGAAUAUAAUAAGGACAAAAAUAAUAUUUUUGAUAAAGCUGUAUUUUUUCGCUCCCCUCCUGAGCAAAAUUGCCAUGUAGUACACCCUCACUACACAGCACACCCAUACACUAUAGUUGAUUUUCACACAGUAGGCAGGCACACUUACCUCUGUAAAAUAUGGCCAACCGCACACACUCCAGUAAAAUGUACGUCACACAGGCACGUAUACACACGCAUUCAAUAUACACAAACACAUGUACACUCAUACACAUGCAUAAUACACAUACACACAGCUAAAAUGUAUGUCAUCCACAUACAAAAGGCCAGAGCUCCCUCUUUUGUGUCCUAAAAAUUGACACAUAAGCUGUCGAGCAUCUCUUCAGUGUGUGUGUGUGUGCUGGUAUACUAGUCUACUGACCAUCUACCGGUUGUACUGGAUACCCUUCCCUCAUUUCACCUCUCUCUCUCUCACACACACACACACACACACACACACACACACACACACACACACACACACACACACACACACACACACACACACACACUACCUUUAUGAAAUACACAGACCUGAAUGUCCGUGUUCUGUGCAGCGUUCAUGAAUGUAGUCCAGGUAGUUACUUGUCUCUCUGUAGGACCCUGUGCCCUUUCAGCAAACUGUCUGCCUGUCUCUCACUCUCCCAUGCAUGCUCUUACACUGACCUUCACCACAUACAGUACACAACACCAAAAGAAUGGCUCACCAUCUAACACGUUAUGCUGGUGUGUUACUACUAGAUAUUGUAGAUAUAUCAGACUUUGCAGUGUGUGUGUGUGUGUGUGUGUGUGUGUGUGUGUGUGUGUGUGUGUGUGUGUGUGUGUGUGUGUGAGUGUGUGUGAUACCUCUACCACCUUUACUGCUGGCUACACACAUUUGUACUCUCGUUUGUACUCAAAGACACUUAGAUUUGCAUGCCCAGUUCUACUCUCUGUUUGGUAAUAGUGUGUGUGUGUGUGUGUGUGUGUGUGUGUGUGUGUGUGUGUGUGUGUGUGUGUGUGUGUGUGUGUGUGUGUGUGUGUGUGUGUGUGUGUGUGGUAUGAAUUCUUGUCAGAAUGGGCAAAAGAGCCUGAUGUGUGAUAGGCCCAUGAUUUGUCAUAAUGCAAUUUCUAUGGAAGGCCUCUAAGAGGAUAGUUAUUCCUUUCUUUUUUACCUCCAUUUCCUUAUCUCCCCUUUUCUUUACUUUGUUUCUCUUCCUUUUUCUCUCCUCUUUUCGUUGGUGUGAUAUUAUAUUGUUAUAACAGUUAUUGUAUAAUUGUAGAAGUAUCAUUAUUGCUACUGUGUUUUGCCUUCAUGAGCAAUAUGUGGCCCUAUGGUCAUUUUCUGUUUAGUCUGGUUUGGAGUAGUGGUAUUAUUAACUCGAUUCAUGCUUGAUGUCAGGAUUUUUAAAAAGGAGCAAAUGUGCUUUAUUUCUUGUUGUUAUUCACAUUUCUUCAACAGUGUUGAUUUUUGAAUAAAGACUUUGGUCUUGCUACAACCGACA